AUGGGAGGCGAGUGGGCUCUCAGCAGAGGCCAGUUUAGCCCGCGGGAGCUGCCUCUGAGCAGGGGCCAGGAGGGCAGUGCCGCCCUGUGGCUGCCGGGCUUCGCGGAUCGCGGCUCUCCGCACACGGGUCGCAGGGACGCGCCGCUGGGUGGUCUGUGUCGACGGGCAGAACCCCAUCGCCCGCCCCUCUCAGACCCGCCUCUGCCCGCCUGCCUGGCCCUGCGCAGCUUGCGGCCCGGGGGCCUCGAAGGUCCCCGUGCACUCAGCCAGCGGCCUCUGCUGUGUCUGCUGCUCCUGCUGGGUCUGCUGCUGCGGCCGGUAACCCGUGCGACCACGCCAGGCACCUCCAGCACCCCAAGUCCGCGGGAGCGCACACAGGCCCUGAUGCGGGACUUCCCACUUGUGGACGGCCACAAGGACAUGCCCCUGGUCCUGAGGCAGUUUUACCACAAUGGGCUACAGGAUGUUAAUCUGCACAAUUUCAGCCAUGGCCAGACCAGCUUGGACAGGCUGAAAGACGGUCUCGUGGGUGCCCAGUUCUGGUCAGCCUACGUCCCAUGCCAGACCCAUGAACGGGAUGCUGUGCGCCUCACCCUGGAGCAAAUUGACCUCAUCCGCCUCAUGUGUGCCUCCUAUUCUGAGCUGGAGCUUGUGACCUCAGUUAAAGCUCGCAACAAUACCCGGAAGUUGGCUUGCCUCAUUGGUGUGGAGGGCGGCCACUCACUGGACAGUAGCCUCUCCAUCUUGCAUACCUUCUGUGUGCUGGGUGUGCGCUACGUGACACUCACCCACACCUGCAACACGCCCUGGGCACAGAGCUCAGCAAAGGGUAUCCACCCCUUCUACAGCAAUGUCAGUCGGCUGACCGGCUUUGGUGAGAAGGUGGUGGCAGAAAUGAACCGCCUGGGCAUGAUGGUGGACUUAUCCCAUGUCUCGGAUGCUGUGGCACGGCGAGCCCUAGAAGUGUCACAGGCACCUGUCAUCUUCUCCCACUCAGCUGCCCGGGGUGUGUGCAAGAACACUUGGAAUGUUCCUGAUGAUAUCCUGCAGCUUCUGAAGACCGGUGGCAUCGUGAUGGUGUCCUUGUCCGUGCGGGUGCUGCAGUGCAACCCGUUAGCCAACGUGUCUACUGUGGCAGAUCACUUCGACCACAUCAGGGCAGUCGUUGGAUGCAAGUUCAUCGGGAUUGGUGGAGAUUAUGAUGGGGCUGGCCGGUUCCCACAGGGGCUGGAGGACGUGUCCAUAUACCCGGUACUGAUAGAGGAGUUGUUGGGGCGUGGCUGGAGUGAGGAAGAGCUCUGGGGUGUGCUUUGAGGAAACGUGCGGUGGGUCUUCAGACAGGUGGAACAGGUAUGCUGGGAGAACGAGGGACAGAGUCCCUGGGAGGAUGAGUUCCCAGAUGAGCAGCUGGGCAGCUCUAGCUCUUGCCGCUCCGUCCUCCCACAUCUGCAUCAGAGAGAGGAUCUGGCUCCAGACCAGAAACUAACCAGAGCUGUGGUUUGUGGGAAUCCCAUUUUGUCACCUAAGUGGUCAUUCUCAAAAUCUUGCCCCCACAUGGGCCCAGGCCCCACAGUUAUUGCUGCCUUCCCAGUCCUCAUUGUUUGGCUCUGGUGA